UAUCAGGCUCAUUGUCAGAUAAAGGCCAUGAUCAGACUUACCUUGCCAUCUGAUCAGGUAGACAUCAGGUUACCUGGUCAGGGCCUGACCAAAAAUGCCCUGAUUAGAGGCUGAGUUCAGGUACGAUGGUCAGACCUUAAUUAGCAACGUAAGCUGCUCAGACGUUCAUGAGGGCAGGUUGAGGCAGUACCUGAUCCAGCAGUGUUUGUUCAGAUAUAUUGAAUUACGAAACAUAUGUGACAAAUUAAAUUUUAUAUCAAUCCAAGGCUGAGGCUACCAAUAAUGAGCAGCCAAUUUGACACAAGUUAUAAACUCCAAUAUGAUGUAUUUACGAUUAUGUAUGUAGAUGGCCACAGUUUAUUAUAAGUCAUUUGAUAUUUUCAUCAUAAGAACGGCUCGGAUUUCCAUGACACCUGGUGGCUGCUCACGGUACAUGUGAUGUAUCAGGUUUAGUCAGGGCUAGAUCAGGUGUGCCAUAGUAGAGUUUGCCUGAUCUGAGCCUGCUUAGGGCCACUACCGAGACAUGCCUGAUACUAACCUGACCAGGGCCACAUCAGGUGUGCCUCAGUAAUGGAUGCCCGAUGACAACCUGACCAGUGGCCCAACAGUCGAACUACGUUAUCAGGAUGUCGAAGAUGAAUGGAGCAAGCUUAGGAUAUUCAUACCACUUACCGUCGGGAGGCUGGAACUUCAAGAUCAGAAAUGCACUUUCUCAAUUCAGCGAUAUCUUCAGCGAAUUCAACAAGUACAUCGCACCAGCCUACCACCAUGACCGUUGUGAAAGAUCAGUCCAAAUGCGAUUAUAUUCGAUGCACAAGCGUGAAUUUGUCAUGGUUUUCGUUGCAUUCUUCGCGUGUUUUGGACUCGCUGUAUUCAUUGGCCUAGCAGGUCCACCAAUAACUUCAACCACAGAGCAAAAGGCCCAUUUGAACGGCAGCGAAAUGGCCACAGGACCAUACAUUAUGCGGACACCUGCCCUUUCUACCUACAGCCAGCAGCUUUGGGUCAUCGCGAAAUUGUCCACCUCGAACGUUGACAAUGAAAAAUACGACGAGAGUUUUCAAGUCAGCGUCUCCGUCGACGGUCAAGCGUCAGAUCGCAAAGCUGUAUCCAUUUUGGCACCAGAGGCUGGCCACAACAGGACGAGGCAUCUCAAGUGUGAACGCCAAUCUUGCGAGGAGUUAGUUGUGGUGCACCUCGGUUUCCUCGACUAUCCGCAUUACAUCAUUACUGUGCGUUUCCAUGGCCUAGAAAGUUUUUAUCAGCGAUACAUCAUUCGUGACCUCACAUUCUAUUUCAAAAAUUACAAUCCGGCAUUCACGCAGAUUGAGAUAUGGUUCAGGUUGAUCUUUCUUCUGGCAACAUUCAUAGUAACGUGUUGGUUUGGUCAUUCACUGCGAAAAUAUCCUGUCCACGAUUGGUCCAUCGAACAGAAGUGGUUGUCCAUUCUCCUGCCACUCCUGAUUCUUUAUAACAAUCCACUUUUUCCAAUGACUUUUUUGGUGAAUUCUUGGGUACCUGGAAUGCUGGAUGCCAUACUGCAAACAACCUUUUUAUGUGCUAUUCUCAUGUUUUGGCUCUGUGUCUAUCACGGUCUACGACAGAAUGAGAGGCGACUGGCCACAUUUUACCUACCCAAACUGGUAGUUGUUGGAAUGCUAUGGGGUGCAGCCCUAACUCUUGCCAUGUGGCUACGGUGCACCGAACUCGAAGACCCUACCUACAAUUACGUCCUAGAUACUUCAAAUUAUUACGGGUUCAAGGUAUUCUUCUUCACAGUUGGAGGAGUUUAUGUGGCAUAUCUUCUUUUGUUGAUACUGCGAGCGUACAGCGAAUUGCGCUCGAUGCCUUAUUUCGAUUUAAGGUUGCGUUUUCUCACGCUUUUGGCUGGCGUUGUUGCCGGCGUUUGCACUUUGGUAACAACACGACAUUUUGGUACUGGCGUAUUUGAGGACAGCUUCGCUUCCCGACUGUCGACGUAUUACAGAACUUCAGCUCAGUUUAUGGCACUUUAUGGCCUCCUCAACUUUUAUCUCUACACAAUGGCCUAUGUCUACGCACCAGCUCUGCAGCAGGUGUAUGGGCAACAUUCUUCGAUAACGAAAGACAACCCAGCUUUUUCUAUGAUUAACGAAUCGGACGAAGAUGUAAUCUAUGGUUCUGAUGAGGAGAGUCGUCGGCCAUUGACUCGACCGCCCCGAAAUACCGACGACAGUGACUGAGGUAGCAAAUUUUUCACGCACAUACCUCAAAAGAGGAAAUAACCUUAAAGAAGAAGAUGUAAAUGGUGAUGAAGGAGAAGUCAAUGACGACACAGAAGAGGAGCAAGAAGAAAAGGAAACGGAAAAAGUGUGAAGCGAGCGUGAAGUGAGAUGUGAGAAUUAAAAAGGUAUAAAGAGCGGUUUAGUUUGUUCAUGGAAAUAUUGUUGUUCGUGGUUGUCUUUUGACAUUAAUGACGAUGUCUUUUGGCAUCGAUCUGUAUAAAUAUAUUAUAUCUUGGCUGUUUAUUAAAAACUGCUUGGGUAGCUGUUACACAGUUCGAUAAGCACUCUCUGUUGA